AUGGAGCUCCAAGCUGCGGUCGAGAAGAUCAUGUCGGAUGAAGCCGUAUCCGGUCUGGCGUGGCAUGAUGCCAAGGGUCUCUUGCUCGCCGUCGACGGCGACCUUGCCCACAGAGGCCACACCGGUCUCGGAGGCUUGGCGGCGACCGCCGACCGCGCAGAGGACCUCGGGCGCGACGCGGACGUCUCGCCAGUCAUCCGCAUCGAGACCUCCAAGCGCACGCUGCUCGUCCAGCGCCAAGCUGACCGCUCCGUGCUCGCGAUCUCGACGCUCAAGACAGACGAGGCGUAA